CCAGCUCGACAGCUUUCGGCUCUGAGCGGCGGGCUCGGGCAGCGCACCAAUUUACGGUCGAUCAGCCCGAGCACAAGUGGCUCUGAGGAGCCGCAUGAGGAGCAGCAUGUCGAGGUGGCGACGGACCCUGGUCCUGGCCGGCGCCUGCGCGGCGCUCGCGCCGGUGCGGGCGCCAGCGCAGCGGCGGCGGCGCGGCGUCGUGCUGCUUGCGGACGACGCCGAGGAGUGCGACGUCUUCGACCCGAGCCCCGAGUGCCUCACCGAGGCGGAGGCCAUGUCGUGCGGCGCCUGGGAGGAGUGCAGCUUCAACAUCGGCGACCGCGUGCGCGUCGUGAGCGACGCCGUCGUCUACCACCACCCGAAGCACAAGGCGGGCCUCGCCGUGCGGGGCCUCGUCGGCAGCGUGUCGGGCCUCGCCAGCGUGGCGCGCGACGGCAGCGGCGCGGCGCUGUCGGCGAACCGGCCCGUCGUCGUGCAGUUCGAGGAGCCGCGGCUCACCGCGCACUUCGAGGAGGGCGAGCUCGAGCUAGAUAUGUAGUAAUCCUUAGAAUAGUAGUAGUCUUCCGACCACGAAAUCACCCG